CAACGUAAACACGCCAAUUCUGAAAGUGACCUGUGGGUGGCAGUCGUGCGCAUUUUCUGUAUUUACACUGCCGUAAAAUAUCAGUAGAAGUAGAUUAUGAAUCGGCGCACAUAAAGAAGACUUUUUGUUUGGAAUUAUCCACGAGAGAGAAACGUGUUGUUGAUGGCAGCAUCAUUACCACAGAAGCCAGGCAUGGCAGGGAUGCCCCCACAGCAGCAGCAGCAGCAGCAACCUCACAUGCCCCCCAGUGGCGCUUUAGUCGCAGGUCAGCAACCAAUGCCACCCCAGGGUGCCCUGAGGGAGAUCUCCCCUGUGUUCCUGUGUCGGAUCGGACAGGAGACCGUCCAGGAUAUUGUCACUCGGACCAUGGAGAUCUUUCAAAUUACACGAGCCACGCAACUUCCCAACGGCGUUACUCAGAGCCAAGCCAUGUAUCAGGAUCGCUUUGGAAAACUCCAGGAACAUCUGAGGCAGCUCGCUCUGCUUUUCCGCAAGCUUCGUCUGCUAUAUGAACGCUGUGUGGAGAUGACUGCUGACCUGCAGGAGGGGCCGGCAGAGCUUGUACCCUAUGUUGGAGAAGAGCUGGUCAACGUCAGAGUAGAGCCUUGUAGUCCUGCCGUCCACCAGGAGAGAAAAGAAGUCCUUGAGAAAGUACGUCAGAAGAACCAGGAGAUGAAGGUCAUCAUGGAUCAGAUGAGGAACCUGCUGUGGGACGUGAACGCCAUGUUGACCCUAAGGAAAUGAUCAGGUGCUCAGACUUCUUAAUUGUCCAAGGGGGGGCCACGGACUGCAUAAUGAUAUUAUUUCUAUGGGACAGCCUUCAAGUUGCACAGUUUUUUUAGGAGCUACUAUUAUGUAAGGGUUGGAAACAAUUGAUGACCUUUGUCAUAUAUUAGUUGAGAUAAGUUAUGAAGCAUACAUUUGUAUCAAAAUCUUCACUUUUUUGCUGUCGUGCUGACGCAACACCUGACGUAUUCAUUGGCGGUCGUUCUUCCAGUGUUUUGCUAAUAUUUUGGUCAUUACGGCUAAAAAGGUUGAGAUGCAGGGUUCCGACGACCCCCUUGGCAGCUACUGUAUACAUCUCAGGUGCUUUGUAGAGAGUGUGCGUAUGUGCUUCAUUAGUCUUCCUUAGUGCUCAGCAACACGGUUUUGCCCUUUGGAUUUGCCUGUGGGACUGGCAUAAUGGAUCAUUUUUUUUGUAAAAAAAUUUCUAAUUAAAAUAUAUGAAUAGAAGCUCUGCAUCUUCUCCUUUUAAAAAAAAUGAAGAUUAAGUGACCGACAUGUCAUUUCAAUGCAGAUUACCAGAAUUGGACGAAUGACAGAUUCAUCAAACACCACGUCAGAAUCUGCAUUUUUCAAAUCAUUUUUAUUGGUUUUUAGAGUUGUCGCUGUUUUCUUGGCAAACUGCUUCCUUGCCCAGAAAUGCCGAGACGAGAAUAGCCAGAGAACAUGGCACCGGUACCGACGUCCUUGGAUGGUGUUUGGCAGUUGCUUCUUAAUUUUCCACAGCACUCGCAUCGAACUUCCUGUAUUUGCUUUCCAAUGAUCGUUAUCCUUUGAUUAGGAUCCCAUUGACAGGACUUACAUUCCCCGUCAUGAUCGGGGGUCUGUCUGAUGAUUGUCCACAAGACAAGUUUAUGAGGCAACUCUUCCACUUUUCUGAUUGGUCCAUUGGCCUUGUCUGUUGUGGGCACGUUUUACAGGUAUGUUCACCAUCAUCAUGCCCUCUCUAAGUCUUUAUACUUCUUACGGAGGACAGACACUUGAUCCUUGAAGAGCACGGGGUCAAGGCGAAACUGAGAGUGGACCAGAGGCAUGUAACCAAACCAGUUGGCAAACGUGUUGACACACUCCUGGCGCUGGUUGAAGUGCUCUGGGUUAGCCCAGGGGACAUUUUUUGUACCCUGCUGGGUAAAAAAUAGAACACACCGGGAUUAACAACAAUGGGAAGUAUCUGCAGCACAGGUGGUAAGUCGAAGGCCGCCAUGAAAACGCCCCCUGUUGCGGUGUCACAAAGAACUGGUACCUGUGGGCUGGGGAGCUCCUUGUAUUGCUUCCUUUGGGCCACUUUGAUUGGAGGCAGGUGGGUGACAGAAGACACCAGGAAGUUCAUCAGGAUGUCUUCGCAGUUGGUGGUGCGAUCCACCAAGGUUCUCAAAGACUGGGGCAGGUAGUGUGAGAACAGGUAGUGGUAGUACCUGUGGGGUGACGGUAAACAUAUGGACAUGAAUAAAAACAUCGGUACAGUAUCGAUACACAAGCAUCAAAUGUUGAUGUCAUAUCUAAACGACUCAAUUUGUGACAUGCUUGAGUCGUUCAUUGUAAAACAGUACAACAGUAAACUUACCACAUAACCGUAAUACUCUGCAGGAAAUAGAUAAUACUUAAUAAUAGCUACUGAAACUAUAACUAUGCAUGUGCUGGCGGUUGUACAGUAAUUUCUCAUUUAUUGUCGGUAAUUGGGGGGCACCACUAAUUGGUAUUCCUUCUUUAUAAAUGCUUGUAAAUAUUCUUAUUCAUCCAUCCAUAUUUUUAUGAAUGUAAUGUUUACGACCUAAAUAUGUUUUAAAAUAUUAGAGACCUCUAGACAUGAAAUAGCACCCCUAUAGUCGCGUUUGCAUUCGUAUUACCCAAUAUAGUAGACAUAAUAAGUCUUGUACUCCUGUGUGCUGCUCUAUAUAUGUUCCGGUGCUAGUGGACAGGAAGUAGCAGUGGCGGUUCAGAGUUGAGCUUUAGCUUGACAUGGGUUACCGUGGCAACAAUAGCCCGUGUUAGGGAUUAUUGUGCCUGUUGAAAGAUAAUUCCAACCUGAAAUAAAAGCCUGUUGCUCUGGCGAUCUAGUCUGGUGCUUGUGUCUCACCGAAUAUUACAGUAACAAUGACACCUAGUGUACAGUGUAGAAUACUACAAAUCAUUCCGACACCUUUGAAUGCAUCUCCUGAAUGCCUUGUUUGUAUUUUAAUUUUGCCUUUUUUAUGUUUAAAAAUUCGUAAUUGAAGUCAAGAAUUAUGUAAAUGUACUUUUUUUUUUUACUCUUAAUAGUUUGUAUUCAACCAUAUAUAUUUUAUAUAUUUCAUAAAAAGGCAACACAAUAUAUUAAACAAAAUAUUUGAUCAUUUUAAUGCUUUACCUGUGGUAGAAGGCAGCGCCAGUCAGGACUAUUGAGUAGUCAUUGGUCCAUUUGGAGGUGUAUCCCCAGGCGUGUUUUAAAGGAUCCCAAAAGUGGCUCCUGGGAGGAUAUCCCACGAUCCGAUCUGGGAAACUCCGCCACACCAGGAAGGCGAAAUUCACCUAAAAAGUACACAAACGAUGAGAACGCUACAUUCUUACAGAUAUAUGUAUGUACACACACACACACAUAUAUAUAUACACACCUCACUAGUCAACAGGACCGUAUCUUCAUCCAGACUCAGCACCGCAUCGGUUUCUAUAGCAACGUGAGGCAGGAAGCGACUGGUGGUCUGUGAGAGAAAUCCAUGGGUGAAUCUUACAGCGCCGCAGGCUAUGUGUUAUUUGUGAGAUGAGGUGCAUGAGUCACACAUGAUCUUGUUACAAUAAAUGAGAUUUUACCACGGAGGCUAAUAAAAACAGAAUGAGUGACAUGAAUGACUUGCGUUGGGAGAAAGAAUCCCGUAUAAACAGAUGAAAAGACGUCAAAAUGACAAAUCACGUAAGGAGGUGAGGAUGUAGAAAAGGAAGAUAAAUAAGUGGGAGUUUGUCAAAUUGUCACUCGGGCAUCACCUUCCUCUUGCCGUCCGUUACGGUGAGGGGGACCGGCAUGGGAGGCCAUUUGCUUCGACCGGGUGGGGGCUUCUCAUUGUUCCAGAGGAUGAUGAUCUAGGGCAGCAGAGAAAUCAUUUACAUUUAUCAACAUUAGCUGAUAAUAUGAAAUAGUGUGUGCCAAAUAUUGGAUAAGGUCUAUGUAUUACUUUCUCAGUAAUGCAAUGAUUUUCCGUCACCAGUGAUUCAUUUUUCUAUUGGGUUAGCAGUGACAUAACAAAUGGCGAUACCUUUUUUUUCCUAGAUGUUUUACAAUAGGGAGGAUAAAAACCAGAAUAUAAUACAAAUAAUACACAGAAGUUAUACUUUGUACAGCUACUACAACCUAAGGACAAUUACCUUUGCAUAAUGAGGUACAUAGUGUGCAUUUAAUAUAAAUAAAAUGUAUUAUAGGGCGGCAUGGCGGUCGAGUGGUUAGCGUGCAGACCACACAGCUAGGAGACCAGGGUUCAAUUCCACCCUCGGCCAUCUCUGUGAGGAGUUUGGUACUCCGGUUUGGUACUCCGGUUUCCUCCCACAUUCCAAAAACAUGCUAGGUUAAUUGUCGACUCCAAAUUGUCCAUAGGUAUGAAUGUGAGUGUGAAUGGUUGUUUGUCUAUAUGUGUCCUGUGAUUGGCUGGCCACCAGCCCGUGGUGCACCCCCGCCUCUCGCCCGAAGACAGCUGGGAUAGGCUCCAGCACCCCCCGCGACCCUCGUGAGGAUAAGCGGUAGAAAAUGAAUGAAUGAAUGAAAAUGUAUUAUAAAUAAAGGAAAAUGAUAAAUAAAGUUAUGCGGUUUGCAGUUUUUUACUCGUCUCAUUUUAUUUCUAUUUAUUCUAAAUGUGAUGAUACAUAGCAUUCUAUACUAGGUCACUAAGUUACUCACCAAACUGUAAUGUUUGGUGAGAUACACAAGCACCAGACUUGAUCGCCGGAACAACAGGCUUUUAUUG